AUGGAUGAAGAGUAUGAUGUCAUAGUGUUGGGAACGGGUCUCAAAGAAUGCAUCCUCAGCGGUCUUCUCUCCGUUGACGGCCUGAAGGUUCUGCACAUGGAUAGGAACGAUUAUUAUGGAGGAGAGUGUGCAUCACUUAAUCUUGUCCAGCUAUGGAAGAGGUUCAGGGGAGAUGAUAAGCCCCCAGCACAUUUGGGUUCUAGUAGGGAUUAUAAUGUGGACAUGGUCCCUAAGUUUAUGAUGGCCAAUGGCACUCUAGUGCGUGUUCUAAUUCACACAGAUGUCACCAAGUAUUUGUACUUCAAAGCUGUGGAUGGCAGUUUUGUGUAUAAUAAAGGAAAGGUUCACAAGGUUCCAGCAACUGACAUGGAGGCACUUAAAUCUCCACUCAUGGGUCUGUUUGAAAAGCGCCGUGCCCGCAAGUUCUUCAUAUAUGUUCAAGAUUAUAAUGAAAGUGAUCCCAAAACACACGAGGGAAUGGACUUAAGAAGAGUGACUACUAGAGAGUUGAUUGCAAAAUAUGGUCUUGAUGACAACACUGUUGACUUCAUUGGGCAUGCAUUGGCACUUCAUAGAGAUGACCGCUACCUGGAUGAACCUGCACUGGAGACUGUGAAGAGAAUGAAGCUAUAUGCGGAGUCUCUUGCACGUUUUCAAGGAGGAUCACCAUACAUAUAUCCAUUAUAUGGAUUAGGAGAGCUUCCCCAGGCAUUUGCACGACUUAGUGCAGUUUAUGGUGGGACAUAUAUGUUGAAUAAACCUGAGUGCAAGGUAGAGUUCAAUGAUGAGGGGAAAGUAAUCGGUGUAACAUCUGAAGGGGAAACUGCUAGGUGCACAAAAGUUGUCUGUGAUCCUUCUUACUUGCCCAACAAGGUUAGGAAGGUUGGAAAGGUUGCAAGGGCUAUUGCGAUAAUGAGCCACCCAAUUCCGAACACCAAUGAUUCUCAUUCAGUGCAGGUUAUCCUGCCACAGAAGCAGUUGGGUCGCAGAUCAGAUAUGUAUCUUUUCUGUUGCUCUUACUCUCACAAUGUUGCUCCAAAGGGAAAAUUUAUUGCAUUUGUAUCAACAGAGGCAGAGACUGAUCAUCCUGAGACUGAGCUAAAGCCAGGAAUUGACCUUUUAGGGCCUGUUGAAGAGAUAUUUUUUGAUAUUUAUGACAGAUAUGAGCCAGUCAAUGAACCCUCUUUGGACAAUUGCUUCAUAUCAACCAGUUAUGAUGCGACAACACACUUUGAGUCCACUGUUAUGGAUGUACUCAACAUGUAUACCUUGAUUACAGGGAAGGUUCUUGACCUCAGUGUGGACUUAAGUGCCGCUAGUGCUGCAGAAUGA